AUGGCGCAGGUUCCGGUCCCCGAGAAGAUCGCUGUUCUGCAGAGCAAGGCCGUCCCGAACCCGGCCCCUCCGGCCACUGACCCCAAGGUGUACCAGGAGCACCACGAUGCCUUCGCCGCCGAGGGGCUGCCCAAGACGCCCGAGGCAUGGCUCGAGCGCGCGAAGAAAGUGAGCGACAUUCUUGCCGUAGACGCUGCCGCUCGCAACAAGGAGCAGAAGACCCCCCGCGCUGAGGUCGCUCUUCUGAAGAGCUCCGGAUUGACCAAGAUUCUGGGUGACCCCAAGUACGGCGGUGGUGGUCAGAACUGGGACACUGCCCUGAAGUGCGUCCGUCAGGUCGCUAUUGGCGAUGGAUCGAUUGGUAUGCUUCUGGGAUACCACCUGAUGUGGUCCCGGAUUGCGGCCAUUGUCGGCACUGAGGAGCAGCGCGAGCGCUACGAGAAGCUGAUCAACGAGAACAACUACUACGUCGGUGGUGCCGUCAACCCCCGCGACAACGACUCCGUCAUUGCCGAGGCCGGUGGCAAGCUGGUCCUGAAUGGCUUCAAGAACUUCACCACCGGCGCUGCUGUGUCCGACCUCGUCGUUUUGGAGGGUGUGUACGACGGCGCCGAAGACCACAUCUUCGCGCUCGUGCCUACCAACCAGCCCGGCAUUGUUUUCCUCAACAACUGGAACAACAUGGGUCUGCGUCUCACCGAGUCGGGAGCCGCGAAGCUGAUGCAGGUCAACUUCCCGUGGGAGGAUGCCCUGGGUUGGAACACCGAGACCAAGACGGCCAUCAAGGAGCUUGUGGCGGGCCCGUUCUCGACCAUCAUGGUGCCCAUCAUCCAGCUCGUCUUCGCCAACUUCUACAUCGGUAUUGCCUACGGUGCCCUGCGGACUGGCUCCGAGUACACCAAGACGCAGACCCGUGCCUGGCCGUUCUCGCAUGACCCCAAGAGCUCUCCCCUCGAGGAGCACUACAUCCUUGCCCGCUAUGGCAAAUCCUUCGCGUCCCUCAAGGCCGCGGAGGCCCUUGCUGACAAGGCCGGUGACGAGCUUGCUGCUCUCUUCGCCGCUCACGGCGUCUCCCGGGAUAUCACCGAGCGCCAGAGAGGAGAUCUGGCUGAAUUGGUGACUGCCCUGAAGAUCGUCGUCACCCACACUUGCCUGGAAGUCACCUCGAGCAUCUUCGAGGUCACCGGCUCUCGCUCGACCUCCGAGAGGUAUGGAUUCGACCGCUUCUGGAAGGAUAUCCGGACGCACACCCUGCACGACCCGGUCGCGUACAAGGAGACGGAGCUGGGCCGCUACUACCUUCUGGACGAGAUCCCCAAGCCGUCCUGGUACACUUAA